UAGGGCACAUGGCUAACAAUUUCUACGAAAUGUGUGUUCUACUCUUUAUAAACUGAAGAUCGAGAGCUGACAGUGACAGAAGGUACCUUAUGUCUUCAUGAUCAUCACGAUUCAGGAAAAGUAAAAAUUAUCCUUUCUCCCGUUUGCUGUAAACUCUAAAGUUAAAACAUUAUGUCUAGUGAAGAUCAGUUGCGAAAGGACGCCGCCAAGCUGCGCGACGAGAUAAAUAAUGUUAUUAAAGAUCUCAAAGGACAUCACUUUGGGGUAAACGUCGCUAAGACCGUGAGCUCCACCGUAUCAGUGUUUGGAGGAGUGUUAUUCGUGGGGGCUGCCUUAUUGGCUGUUCCAACAGGUGGAUUGUCCUUGAUGGCAGCGGGGGCUGGUGCAGCGUUCGCUGGUGUCGGCGGUGCUGGUAGCGUUACUGCAUCUUGUGUAGAAUAUAUCAUAGAAAAGAGAAACAUCUCAGGCAUACAAGAAAAUUGGGAGAAAUUUCAAAAUGAUUUAGAAAAGCACUUCUUGGAUAAGUACGGUUGUCUAAAUACUGUAAGGACAAUUUUUAAAUACAUUGGUCGCAUAAUCAAACGCGGUAUCCAGGCUGGGGAUGGUUAUCGAUUGAUAAGGGACACAAUUACUAGGGAAAGAGAGCAAAGACAAAUAAAUAAUGCCUGGGGAGCAGCAGUCAAUGCCGAAAGGGCGGCGGCGAAUGCUGAGGAAGCAGCAGUCAACGUUGAGAUAGCGAUGGUCAAUGCCGAGAGAGCAUUUAAUGUUGUGCGAGUGGCUGUAAAUGUGGGCGUAGCAGCAGAGGUGGCACAGGCUGGUAGAAAUGUCGGUAAUGCGGCCAGAGUGGGGAGAGCGGCGUUACAAGGAAUCAAAGCGGUAGGAAAGGCUUCCUUCGUCUUGAAUACUGUGAUGCUUCCUUUAAAUGUUAUAGAUCUCGUGCACUCAAUAUCUGCAUUGAAUGGUGAUCAAUCAUCAGAUGCUUCAAAUGAACUGGAGAGGAUGGCGGACUUUCUGGAUCGCGUAGCCAACAAUAAGCUGUGAUCAAAAUUAUUGAGCAGCUGCACUCUAGAACACACAAAGACAAACAACCAACCGCACACACAAGCACGCGCACACACACAUAUAUUAUUUCCUAACUACUUUGUCACAAAAUGAGGAAACAACUAAGACAAGGUAAUGAUAGUCUGUUAAGUAAGGCAUUUAUAUCACAAUUGCCUCUAAAAGAAUUGCUUUGUUUGCGGUGCACGAGAAUAGCUUUUCAAAAAAUGUAUUAGAUUUAAUAAUCUCAUAAUCGAAGUACUAUUCCUAUUUGCAUACUUGUUACUGACAAAAUAUUGGAGUAAUAAAAUAAUAAUUUUUUUUUUAAUUCUAAAAAAUGUAACGCCUAAUCUUCUAUAAAUUUAUAUAUCUUUGUUUAGAAUCAGUUUUAUCUUUCAAAAAAACUGAAAAUAAAUAUUACUUUUUUGGUUGGGAUUACGAUUUUGGCAUUAAUCGAGACGCUACAUCAUUGUCCAGCAAUCCUUUUAAUUUAAGUUAGAUGGAAAACUGCUUUAAGACAACAAACAAUGAAAAAGAUUAUUCACCAAUGUUAAUAAUUGACGUUAAAGAAAAAGUAUUACCUGCAACAAAAAUGUUUGUUAAGAACGGAUGUUGACUGAAGCUUUCAUCAUAUGCAGUUGUAGUGUAGCAAAUUGAAAUGUUUUCUGACCUUUUAACUAUAGCAUUUAUAUAAGCACUAAGUUUAAAUAUUGUCCUUGGCUGUUGAAUUAAGUGUUUGUGUAAGACUUACAUUUUUUGAAUACAGGAAGAAGCAAAACUGAAAUUUCAUCUUUGUCUCAUAUUCUGUUAUUUAGAUGGAUUAUCAUGCUUUACAUCAGGAUUAAGUUUUAAAACACGUCUUUCAUAAGUGUAUUAACAAUUUAGAAUAGGUACACCUUUAGCUAUUUUGUCUAACUUGACUGUAUUGUACUAAUUUGAUUUGAAAAAUGUUUGGUCUAAAUUACUUAAUAUGAUAUAACAAUUGUAAUAUCUUUCUUUUAUCACCAUUUAAACAGACUUGUGUAUGAACCUGUGUAACUAGAGUUUAAAUAAUUACUGGUUUAUGUAACUGAUGGUGUGAGUAUUUACAUGAUUUUUGAUAAUAGAAGUACACUGUAUCUUAACAACUGUAGUCGUUAUUUUAAUGGUUUUAUUUUAUCCUGUUUACUGGUGCUUGGAGGUUUAAAUUUACCAAUUUUUGUAUUAUCAGAAUAGCAAAGAAUUGAAGAAAACUAACAAAUAAAAAAAAUCUGACAUGAA